GCCAGAUGAUGUAACAACAGAUGAUGCGAUAGAUGAUGAGCCACGCCACAUCUACUUUUCACGUCAUGAACAAGGUCCAGAAGCUUACCUACAGUGGGAGAGCGGAGUACAGGAUGAGGUCACAAAACAUUCCUAAGAAUCAGAGACUUUCAUAUGCACUUGACUCACUUGUUGGAGAAGCUACUACAUGGUGGGAACAAGAAGAAGUUGUUGCCAAUUAUAAUAAUUCUACCAUCACUUGGGAUAAUCUCAAGCAGCGUAAGUACAGAGAGUUUGCACAGAAGUCCCACAACCGCAGCUACAUUCCCAAGAGGCUAAUGUUCCAGACAGCUACAAAGAGGUGCAUGUCUACACCAAAACCGCAGCCUGUUCCUAAGUCAAAGAAAUCCUGCUUUUCUGAGCCAAAGAAAGUGUCUCAAGGAACUUUAGAAAAGAAGACAGAGGUUAAGAUUCCAGUGGGGGAAACAGAAAUUAAACCAGACACCAAAAAACCUGAUGCAGCUCAAACGCAGGGCACAAAACCAAAGUGUCAGCCACAAGUCAACACAGAACAAUGUCUAGAACAUGAAUUGGAGCUCACUGUGAAGGCAGUAGACCACAAGGCAUUGAAUAAGAAAGAUGAAGUUGCCACCAGCUUCAUUACUAUCCAAGAAGAGCCACCAGAUUACAAGCUGAACUCAAAAUCCAUGGCAACGAAGGAAACAGAACUUAACGACAGUUCUGAUCAGGUAAGUAGUUCCUUAGCACCAUUUAAUUCCAACACUUUGAGUUCUGUGCUACUACACUCAUUAAAUCCAGAAGAAAUUGAAUUAAAAGAAGUCUUGGUAGAAUGCAUUUCAUAUAUGGAACCAGACAUGAAAAAGAGAUUAGAACAAGUGUUCCAAAAACAAACAUGUUCCAUUGCUCGUAAAAAUCUUUUGAUCGCUAUAACACACUUAUUUUGCCCAAAAAGAAAUGGUACUUGCAGGAAUUGACGAGGAGCCACAAGAAAUCCUACAGCAAGAAAUCCGUAUAAAUGCCAUUUGUGAAAAUGAGUAUUUUACAAAGACAAACAACUUGCUGCCCAAAGAAGUCAGCAACAGACAUAAGAGAGUCGUCAUUGCUUCUUUACUGAUCAAAGAAGAACCACCAGAAACCCAACAUAAACCAAACCCAAGCCACAAGAAAACCAUGACCCAAGGUAACUCUCUAAACCCUCAGGAAAAGCAUGAUACUAACUUGCUCUCUCUUGGUGCAGGUCAAGGAGUUUAAAGGACGAAAAUUUUCCAAGGGGAUGGUAUGAUGUGGUCAUCGACCCAGCAAACCAUCACAAAGAGACCCCAGUGACCUUAGACGAACCAGACGGCCCAUCCGAAGCAGAGAAAUGCCUUAUAGAAGUUGAACCAAGAAAACAAUGGAGCAUAAAGGCGAGCCCAACAGAAGCAGAGGUGAAAACUUGGAGUUUCACCAACCAAAUGUCAUCAGGAUAUGAUCUAGCCAAAACACUUUUGGGUCGAUCCAGAAGUGAAGUUACCCAAGAAUCAACUCAAACUCUUGGCCAAAGCAUGUUCAAGCCACCCAAGAAUACCCAUACACCUUAUUCAGCACUGAGGAAGUCCGAGAUAAACUGGUAUAGCUCGGCUAACACUUGUAUUACAUUUCUAUCUCACCCAGUGAACUCCUCAAAGUGAAAUCAGUCCAAUUGGAGCUAUUGGAAAGGAGUUAUUCAGUUUACAAAUCAGGUAAUGCACAACUUCUAUGAUUUGGACAUACGUGCCUUAUUUGGAGGUUUCCGACUGAACCAAGAGGAUUUAAGCUGUGAACCGACUUGUUCCCGAUUUUGAUUCAUCAUAGAUUCAGAGACAAUUAGAAUCAAACCAAUACCGGUUAUGGUUGGGAAGUUAUUCACUUUACAAGUUGGAAGAUUUGUUUCAGACCCAAUUGCACACCUAGGCUGAAGAUCGUACUCUACAGCCCAACUCAUCCAUGUUCUCAGCCCAAAAGUACUUGGAUAAUAUUGUUAGCUCUUUCCUGGAUCCAACAAGCUCAAGAUCCGAAGAAUUGCCCAUUAGAUCCUCAAGUUACACCCAAUUUCCCAAAACGGGUUGACUUGGUUCCAUUUAUGGCAGGUCCGAGCUCUGAUUGGUUUAAUUUGCUAUCUACAAGAGUUUGGCGCCCAGGAGAGACUCUAAGAAAACUAAAGAAGCUUAGAAACACCUUCCCAUGCACCAGCACCCACAGGAUCAAGCGGAUCCUCUUGCAAGCUUACUUUCCUUAUGUGGUCGCAUUCACACUUGGUGCCAUUAAUCACCAACGGUUCUUUUCCUUUGUAUGCUACGACUUGGACGUGUUGUAUGAAGAUCAGAAUGUUCCAGAGAAGCUCACUUAUCCCC